UGUUUCGUCUAUUCAGCUUUCAGUCAGCAAAAUUUCUUUCAACUUGAAUGCGGUCCGCGGUUGUAUAAAAUAAUUGUUCUGCAGUCGUUCAUUCUCUUCAAUCCGCUUCACUCUGUUUCUGUAACCAACACAAAAAUAAAAUUAAAAAAAAAGAAGUAAAAUAUAAAAUAAAAUCCAUCCGCCGACGAAGAAUCACAUAAGAAAAUUAAGUUUAUUAAAAUUAAAAAGAAAAAACAAAACAAAUUGAUUUUGUGCUCUUUUGCAGUCAAAAUAUUUUAAAUUAUUUAUAAUUUUACACUAUCCCUUAAAAGUAUCUAAUAAGUAAAAUACUAUUGGUGCAAUUAUUAUCCACUAAAGAUAGAAAAUUUGUGGUUAGUUAAAAAAGAAAAAGAAUAUAAAAAUCGAUACUUGAAGGAAUCAGAUUUUUGUGGUCGUCUAUGUGUCUUUGAAUUUUCGUUCCCCAUUUUCUUGUUGGUUUGGUCUUUUGGUUUUGGUGCAUUCGAAAAGCAUAAUAAGAAAAAUAAAAAUAAAAUAAAGAGAAAAAUAAAACGUCAAUUGUUUAGAGUGCGUUUUAAGUUUAUUUACAUAAAGUUUCGAGUUUUUUUAUUUGUUGUUAAUUCUUGUGUGCUGUCCACUGUCCUCGACUGUGCACACAGUGGUUAUUUUAUAAAUAAAUACAAAAAUAAAUUCUUAAGUGGAAAAGUGAAGGGAAAAAACGCGUCUUUCCAAUUCCAAUUAGUCACUCACUUGUCUUGCUGCACUUGCCGUUUUCCGUUGCCGUAGCCGUAUAUUUUGUGCUCGACGGUGCUCCUGUGUGUUCCUGUUUUUCUCUCUUUCAUAAAAAUCGUUGUGUUUUGUUUUUUUUUUUUUGUUUUUUCCUAUUUUCUGCACAUUUUUGUCGCGCCCCUAAAAAUUCCUUCCUUAAAUCCUUAUUGGAGUGAGAAUAGCAGAGGUGUUGUUGGUUUCCCAAUUCAACAAACUUGCCCUUAAAAUCAAACAAACCGGGAGAGAGAAGUGUCAUUAUUAUUCUACUAUUGUUUUAAGAGGAUAACACAUUUCAAAAAAUCAUCAUUUCAACAUGCUUUCAACUGUCAUUUUGGAAAUCUAACGUUAUACAGUUAAUAUAGCAAAAAUAAGAUUAUAAUAAUAUCAAUUCUGGUAUCGUUGGCGCCCUCCCAUCCGCAUCCACUUAGCCCAUUCGAUUGGGCGGUGCAACUGUGUGAUGGAUCAUGCAGUGAAAGCGACCAGAGGACGACCAUGGAACAAGUUGCGCUUCGAAAACGACGAGCUAGAAUGUCUGUAUCAACGUUACACGCUGAAGCUGCAGCGCUUUUCGGUGCUAGGUGUGGUCGCGUUGGUGGUCGUCCUUUGUGGAGUAAUGGCUGCUCUAAGUCUUACCUACAAUCACAGUCCAACAUUUCAUAAUGUUUUCAAUUCCAUUGUGUGCCUCCUGUUUGCAAUUAUUUUGAUAUUGUUGCAAUGUCGUGUUAUCAAGGAUCAUCAUCUGCCAUUUCUGUGCUAUGGUAUUCUUCUAUUCACUGCUUGCAUAUGCUUUGUGUCGAUGCCAACGGUGGGAAGCGUAUUUCCAGUUGAUACGAAAGAGGUCAUGGCUGAGGGUGUUUGGCAAAUUGUGUUUGUUGUAUUCCUUGCUUACGCAAUGUUACCACUUCACAUAUGGGAAGCUGUUUGCUUCGGGAUUAUCCUACCGUCCGUGCAUAUUGGACUGACGGCAUAUAAAAUGUUCACCGAUACAUUUCGCUAUUUGGAAUAUAAUCAGCUUAUAGCCAAUAUUGUGAUGUUCAUUGGUGUAAAUGUUGCUGGUUUAGUGGUUAAUAUUAUGAUGGAACGAGCUCAACGAAGGGCGUUCCUUGACACUAGAAAUUGUAUAGCUGCCCGCCUUGAGAUUCAGGAUGAAAAUGAAAAAUUGGAGAGAUUAUUGUUGUCUGUUCUACCUCAGCAUGUUGCAAUGCAAAUGAAGAAUGAUAUUUUAUCACCUGUCGCUGGUCAAUUUCACCGAAUUUAUAUACAGAAGCAUGAAAAUGUCAGUAUUUUAUUUGCUGACAUUGUUGGUUUUACUGUAUUAGCCUCGCAAUGUAGUGCCCAGGAAUUAGUAAGACUGCUUAAUGAACUGUUUGGACGUUUCGAUCAAUUAGCUCAAGACAACCACUGUUUGAGAAUAAAAAUCUUAGGAGAUUGCUAUUAUUGUGUAUCUGGCCUUCCUGAACCUCGCAAAGAUCACGCAAAAUGUACUGUAGAAAUGGGCUUGGACAUGAUUGACGCUAUAGCAACUGUUGUUGAAGCAACAGAUGUUGUACUUAACAUGCGAGUUGGGAUUCAUACUGGUCGAGUGCUGUGUGGAGUACUUGGUCUCCGAAAAUGGCAGUUUGAUGUGUGGUCAAAUGAUGUGACACUUGCUAAUCAUAUGGAAUCUGGCGGCGAACCUGGAAGAGUUCAUGUAACUCGGGCAACACUUGACUCCCUCUCCGGGGAGUACGAAGUCGAAGCCGGCCAUGGCGAUCAGAGAUCCUCCUAUUUGCGAGAUCAAAAUGUCGACACUUACUUCAUCGUGCCACCGCCAUAUAGGAGAAAGCCAUUAAUGCUUAACACUUUAGGUGUCCGCUCGGCACUUGUUAGUCGUCGUAAGCUUUCAUUUCGCAAUGUAUCAAAUGUUGUUAUGCAACUUUUGCACACAAUUAAGUUUUCGGAACCAGUUCCGUUUUCAAACAUUGCGACCGGAUCGUUUCCAUCGUCGGCCGGAAGUACGGCUGGUACAAAUGCCAAUGACAAAAGCAGUCGAAAGGUUAUGCGGCUGCAAAGAAUAUUACACGCACCGACAACACCCGGUGCGAGUGUAACAGUUUCAGUAGGAACGUCAAACACAAUAACUAAUAAUAGCCAAACUAAAACAAAAGUCACUGACCGAUUUAAAUGUCCUUUUCGGAAACGUCAUUCGGGUGUUCAUCAUCAACCCACGAAUCGUGUGAAUCGAUUUCUAUCACAAGCCAUCAAUGCCAGAUCCGUUGACAGAGAGAAGUCAAUUUUGGUGGAUAGAUUUACGUUGCGUUUCCGCGAAAGCGAUAAGGAACGGGAAUAUCAUAAGGAUUUCGACUUGGGAUUCACUACUGCAAUGGGUUGUAGUUUGUUGCUUUUGAUAUUGGGGGCAGCACUUCAAGUUACUGCCCUUCCAAGGACUCUGAUAUUGCUGUUGUUGUUUUUGACUGCCUUCAUUUGGGUUAGUGCAAUUCUUAUGUUGCUGUUGGCUGUGAGGCUUAAGUGGAUUGCUUGGGAUUUAUCGGAGAGUUUUACAUUGCGAUUGGCUAUCACCGUUUUUACAAUUGUACUCAUCUAUUCGGUUGGUCAGGUUAAUGUGUUUACUUGUGUUUCGGAUCAUCCUUGUUCGAGUAAUAUAACAACAAUACCAACUCCAGAAGAAGAUUUGCUCAUGUUGGCUCAUCAAAAUGCUGCUCACAGGAAGUGUUCUUUGCCACAAUAUGUUUCAUUGUCUGCUUCGUUUGCUUUUCUUUCUGUUUCGGUGUUUUUAAGGCUUCCAAUAAUCUUCAAAUCAUUGCUCAUCAUCAUCAUGGGUACCAUUUAUGCGCUCUACAUUGAGCUAUCGCAUAUCAAUAUCUUCGAAUGCUAUGAUAAUCGUGUCAACGCCUCAAUUCCGCUCCAUUUGGUAUCAUUAGCAAGGAUUUUCAUCUUCAUGAUCGCAAUUUUAGUUCAUGGCCGUUUAGUGGAGUGGACAGCCCGUUUGGACUUUUUAUGGCAGUUACAGGCAUCGCAAGAGAAAAAGGAAAUGGACGUAUUACAGGAGUCGAACAAGAGAAUUUUGCACAAUUUGCUGCCAGCUCAUGUGGCUGCACAUUUUCUUGAUGCUCAGUUCCGCAAUAAUAAUAUGGGUAACCCCGGACAGGAAUUAUAUCAUCAAAGUUAUGCUAAAGUUGGUGUAAUGUUUGCAUCGGUGCCGAAUUUCCAUGAAUUCUAUACGGAGUUAGAUGGUUCAGAUCAAGGAUUAGAAUGUUUGAGAUUAUUAAAUGAAAUUAUUGCUGAUUUCGAUGAGCUAUUAAAAGAAGAUCGUUUCCAAGGGAUUGAUAAGAUUAAGACUGUCGGAAGCACUUAUAUGGCAGCUGUAGGUCUUCUACCAGAAUUCAAAAUGAAUCCAACUGAUCCAAAUUCCAUUCGAAGACAUAUGACAGCCCUUGUCGAGUAUGUAAAGGCUAUGAGAUUGGCUCUUCAAGAAAUCAACAGUCACUCGUAUAACAAUUUUAUGUUGAAAAUUGGUUUGAAUAUCGGACCAGUUGUGGCAGGAGUAAUUGGUGCUAGGAAGCCACAAUAUGAUAUUUGGGGUAAUACUGUGAACGUCGCUAGUCGAAUGGAUUCCACAGGAAUUCCUGGUUACACUCAAGUUACCCAGGAAGUUGUUGAUAGCUUACAAGGAUCACAUUUCGAAUUUAGAUGUCGUGGUCAAAUAAAUGUCAAAGGUAAAGGUGACAUGGUUACUUACUUUUUAUGGGAUUAUGCAAACAACAACGGCGAAGUGCGUAACGCAAUGCUCUCAAACCGCACAAUCCAAAGCAAUAACCUACCAUCCCAACAACAACAACAGCACCAGCAACAACAACAACAGUCACAACAAUCCCAACAACAAACAACCACAUCAUCACAAUCAAUUCAGGCCAUUGCGCCACAACCAACUCAAACAACGACCCCAAUGCAGAUGCAUGCCCAUCCCACGGAGUACUAUCAAAAGCAAUCACAAUUCAAUGAUAGCAACUAUCAUAUCAACAUGAACAAUGACGCCUACAAUAUCAAGAAAGAAAACUACGCGUACAAUAACAUAGAUGCCCCCAAUAUGUGCAUCAAUCAGCAACACUCACCUCAACCUUCUCAGAUGCAACAACCAUUGAUGCAACAAUUCCAGCUUGAUGAGCAGCAACAUGUUCAGUUACAACAGCAGCUGCUGGCACAUCGCUAUCAAAAGUAUCACAAACAGGCGAAUUUCAUUGCCAAUGGUGGUCUGCCGAAUAUCCGUGAGAAUGGCCAUAAUAAUGGAGCCAACGGAUCCAAUGGAGGCAACUACAACAACGGUGGCAGAGAUCACCAAUAUCAACAGCAACUCCACAAUAACUAUCAUCAUAUGCAACAGCAGCAACAACAGCCCCAACUUAUCAGGGCACAAUUGCAGCAGCCAAUGGUGGUGAUGCGUGAAACCUUCAAUAUUACCGAGAAUCCUAGUUUGAAUGCAAGCACUAAUCGUGAUAAUUAUAAUAUUCGAGAAAACUACGGGCAUCUGGAGAACUAUAAUAACAUGGUUAAGAGGGAGCAUGCGAAUGGUAGAUAUCACAAUAACAAUUACAGUAGCUGCAGGGAAAGUGAACCCCUGUUGCAUGCGGCUCCUGUGGCUAAGAUUAUGCCAUUGCAACAACAACAAAAUCCACCUUCAAAAUACGACCCGCCUCGCUAUACAUGUCCAAAUACCGGACUACAAUUACAACAGCUCCAACUCCAACAACAACAACUCCAACAACAGCAGCAACAUCAACUGCAGCAACAACAUGCGCCUCCUCUUCCAGUUACCCCAACGCCAAAACCCACAGUAACAUCAAGUCUGAAGAAUAAUACACCACUCCUGCGAACCUAUAUGAAGCCCUUACCUAAAUUACCCUGUGAUCUUGAAGACAAUCGUGAAAUGUCCUCGACCGAUGAUUUAAGUUCAAGACCACAUUCGCCCAGUAUGAGUUCCUCAGACGAAAGUUAUUCCAAAACAACCGAAGGUGAAGGUGACGACGAUUCACCCAGAAUAACCGCAGCCAAUCAUCAUCUGAAUCGGAAUUUGAAUCCACUUCAAUGGCUCUAUCCGUGUGACAUACAAGUCGAUCCGACAUCACCUAUUGUCGAUAUGUCGAAUUUGAAAGAUUUCGAAGUAAGUUCAACCACCGAGAGUCAAGGACAAACGACGACAACCCAAAAUAAGGGUGAUUCGUGUAAUAGUUUUGAAUAUCAAGACCGCAUGGGCGGCCAGAGUAACUCAAAACAGCCACAACAACAAACAUCCGCAUCCACCACAAAGUCACCCUUUGAACGUGAACUUCAACGGCUCCUGAAUGAAUCAUCUUCAAGAGCGCGAGCAGAAAAUCUACCCCACUACACAAAUGGCCCAUCAUCGAUGAAUGGUGGCGGUAAUGGUCAUGGAAGUUCAAGCAACGGCGGUGGUAUUGGUCAACAGACUCAACAUCAAAAUAGUCGUAAUAACCUAGAAUUAAGUUACUCAAGUAGCAAUAAUAAAUUAGGAUCAUCGGUAAAUAAUAAUAAGAACAAAUACGACAUGGAAUCACCGUCGUCGUUGUCCGAGAAAGGUUCCAAGAUACCAAUAAGUACAAGUUUUAUGAUUGCAAAGCAUCCGGUUGGUUUGGAAGCCAUCAAAGAAAUCACAAGGAAUAAGAAUCCAUCGGAAUCAAGUCAGAUGCAAACCUCCGACACAGAAUCUUGUGAAAUCCUCCAUGACAGUCGAUGCGGCAGCAACCAAAAGAAUCUACAAAUGCUCGAUUUGGCCACAAGGUCAAAUCAGAAUUUAAACCAUGCCAAAGAUCACAACCAUCGGCUACGUCGACCAAGAUCGAGUGAAUGUGAAAAUAGUCGCAAUAGCUUGGACCUUAUGAACGGGGAUCGUGAUGAUACCGAAGACAAUUUGGCCGAUGAAGAAUUCGAAGACGAUGAAGCCGGUCGGGAUGUUCGGAAAAAGUCGAGUACAACUUCAAGACAGGAGACAAUUAGCAGUGGGGCUGGAGUAAUUGGUGUGGAUCAUGAUUAUAAUGAUGUUGCGACAUCUGGGCGGGAUCGCAGCGACAAUCGAAUGCGAGAAAUAAAUGUGAUAAACGAUGAACUGAAAUAUGGUGCCGGUCAUCAUAACAAUCAUCAUCAAUCGAUGGACUCGAAUCCGGUGGAAAGUCAGUCGGAAUGGUCCGAUGACGAUUGUCGUGAAGAAGCAACGGGUGGCGCUGAAUCAACAGGUUACAUCACUGAUGAACCUGGUCUUGAAAACAUCUCCCUCCUAAAUGAAGCUGGUCUUACAGACGCCGAAGGUGCACUUUCCGAUGUGAAUUCACUUUAUAAUGCUCCCGAUGUUGAUGAUACAUCAAUCUCGAGCCGUGCCAGUUCUCGUCUGCUCAGCUUAGAUUCGCUGAGUGGUUUAUAUGACUGUGAAUUGGACUCGAAGCACGAGAUGGCCAUUGUGAACGUGUCACAUAAAAUAACGAGUAAAUUUGGUCCGCAAAGCUAAUUAUUUUUUUAUUUUUCAAAUUAAACUUGUGUUUCUUUUUAAAUUUUAAUUUAAAUUUCAAUUUUCCUUGAACUAUUUUACCAGUUUAGGUUUACAAAACGAUUUUGUAUUUCUACUGUUAGAAGUUUAAGCUAAAAAGAAAUACUAGGUACUAUACUCUCAUUUAUAUUUCAUUUCAUAUAUUAUGAUCUAGUUUAAGAUAUAGUUUCGCGAAGGGACAUAACAUCCAUCAUUUAAAUAUGUUGGUGGUAAACUAUGUAUGUUGGUUGGGAAUUUUAAAUUCCAAUUGUAAAAUGUUAGAUAUAUCUUUUUACCUAUUUUAAAGAAAAACAAAAACAAACAGAAUAUGUCUUCAUUAGCAGCUUCAAGUUUAAAAUUUUUAUAUUUAAUAUAAAUUAAAAUGAUGUUUGUCUAUGUGUAUGAAAUUAUUUUACUUCUAAAGUUUUUUUUUCGUUUGUAUUAUUAUUAAUUUAUUAACGCUAAGCGUUUGGUUUACAAAAGCUUUCAUAAUGAAUAGAAGUGUUAUAUAGAAGUAUUUUAAUAGUCUGCAUCAGGAGAUAACUAUAACUAAAAAAUUAACACCCUGUUCCGUUUUAACCAAUAAACACAUUUUUCUUAUUUUUGUGUUUAAAGGGAGGUUUUUCCUCUUAAAGCAUUUCAAAAAUGCUUUCCACAAAACGAGGAUGAAAUAAGUUUAAAAAGAAAAGGUUUUAAAACAAACACUAUGGCCAGAUGGAAAAUGUUAGUACUUUUUUAAUAGAACAGUAUGAUCCAAAUGCAGAAGAAAAUCUAAUUUAGAAACUUAGAAAUGAAAAGGAGUCGAUGGUUCUUUUAUUUUGAUUUAUCUUUGUGGAAAAUAAGCAUUUAACUUAUCUUCCAUGUGGCACUAAUAAUAAAAGUCAAAGGGUGUAAAAUUACAACUUCUUUUCGAAAAAUAAAACGGUCAGGAAACUUUUCUAGAAAUAAACCGAUUUUAAAAUAAAAAAUCAUUAAUCAUAUCUCGGUGGCGUAAUCCUUUCAUAGUUACACUUGCCUCAUUUUCAAAUGAGUAAGGUCCAAUCACACCGCUCAUCGUAAGAACCGCUCCAAACAGCGAUAUGUUGAGGAUGGAGACGGAAAGGCUUUUCAACUAUUAUUUUCUUUGAUUCCCCGAGCUUUAAUUGUGACAAUUCUCUUUAUUUACAAAGCUUUAAAAGGACCAUAUUAUCAAAGGCGAUUUUUUGAUAUAAAUCAUGAAAAUGUUGAUUGUUUAUUUUGGGACCUAUCACCGAAAAUACGACAUUGCUGUUACUGGUGUGUUUACUGAUCUUAAAAAGACUUAUGUAUAAUCUAAUGUUGUUUUUAGAAAGCCUUAUUAUAACAAUCGACGAGUAACUGACAAACCAAGGUUUUUGUCAUUAUUACGAGCUGCAGGAGCAUUAUUCUCAGUUGUUAUUGAAAGAUGCUCGAAUAGCGAUCUAAUCAAAAUAAAACCUCUUUAUGGAAAGCCCUUUUAUAAUAAUAACAAUAGAUUUUUUAAAUUGUUAACUAGAUCAAUAAAUAAGGCGUUAAAAUGUUACAAUAAUUUGAUACAACAUACUUUGGAGUAACAGUCUUCUCGAUUGUCAUAUCGUUCAAUAGACUUCUUUAUUAAUGGCGCUUAGGCAAAGUCUUUCUACCUGUAGAGAUUUAAUCCUUGACUAAGUUAGCUCGUUCAAGUUUGUUGCUUUCGGUUCGGUACUCGCCUUAUUUUUAUUUGUAUACUCUUAACUCUCAAACUGAGUUCUUAACUCCUAAGGUUUGCCACCUAGAAAAGACAUCCAAGAUAUAAUUCAUAUGAUCAAUGGUCUGUUUGAUAUUUUAAUGUUUAUAAAAUGAGUCUUAACUAGGUUAUGUUAGGUUAUAGUGGCUGUUCAAGAUGGAAACGGACACACUUAGGCCAGUUUAAUGGCCCAUUGGGAAACCACAUGAAUCUUUAGGCUUUCUUCUAAGCUCAAUGGAACCACUUUGAGCCCCUUAUGAAACGUGAAAGACUGAUUAUGCUGAUAUGAUUUAGAUCGUUAAAGAAGAAUUCUCCUAGUUAAUUCUUGCCCAGAGCAGGGCAGAGAAGAUGAAGAACUGGUUCUUUCUCUUCAUCGUCCAUACAGCUUCUGCAAAAGUCAUUUGAGAAAACGCCUAGUCUCAUGGCGUGCCUUCCUAUUAGACAGUGUCCGGUUAUGACACUUAUUAUCGAUCUUGUAUUCGAUCUGUUUAGAGAGAGCAAGCACCUUGAACGUUUUAAAUCCAGUGUUGGCCAGAUGUUUUUUGUGACUAGCCACGUGGUGAUGUUGUUCCACCUGGUGCCUGACCUCCUCACAGCGUCUUGCAUUAGCAAUAGUUUACAAGUAGCGAUUGGGAUGCCAGUACGUGGUAGGAUGGGCUGUACUGUACCGUUCCUGGCGAGUUCAUCUACCUUACAGUUACCUGGAAUGUCUCUAUUGCACCGCACCCAGCAAAGGUGAAUAUUAAACUGUUGUGCCAUCUCCAUUAGAGAUGAUCGACAGUUAUGCACUGUUAUAGAGUUUGUAGAGUGUCUUAACUAAAUCAUAACUAAAAAUGAUUCCAGACUCAAAAAUUAUUUGAAUAAUUUUGUAUUCUAUUUCUGACUGAAAAAUUGUACAUAAUAUUAUGUAAAAUCUACUAUAUAGCACUUCUUGAUUUAUUAAAAGCGAAUGUAAACAUUGUUCAACAUCACUUUAAGUAAAAUCAAAAAACACAAACAAAAAUGUGCUUAAAACUACGCUUAGAAUUAAAAAAAGCAAAGCAUUUUAUAUUAUCAAAAAUAAAAAAUAAUUUUAAGAUUUUUAUGUUUUGCAUUAUGCUAAAAUUUGAUUUAUUUGUUAUACAAAAUAAAAACAAAAAAUAGUUAUACACAAAUCUGUACUAAAAUAAAAUAAAAUCAAUGUAAAUGAACUACCUUAGAUAAAAAAAUGAUUACAAAUAUAAUAUAAUAAAAUAUUUAAAGAAAACCAAUGUGAAAAUGGAUGAUAUUAUUGAUAUUGUGUACGAAUAUACUAUGAAAGCAGAAAUAAAAACAACCAAUUAAACCAUUUUAGCACAACAUAAGUAUUAAGUAUAAGUAUAUAAAGAAUGGUACUAAAUAAAAAUAAAUAUAUAUAUUUUCUCUUUACAAACAAAAGUCAAUGUAGAAUAUAAUUAAUUAAUAUUCUACAAAAAACAAACAAAAAAAACACUCAUAUCGUGUAAAUAAUAUGUAAUACUUCAAUUAAAAAAAUAUAUUAACACUAAAUUCAACUAUUAUAAAAUAUUUUAUUUUCAUAUAAUUUAAAAAUAAAUACAAUCUUUCAACAUUUUUGUUUAAUAUUGGUUUUAAAAACAUUUUUAGGUGCCUGACUUUGAAUAGAUAUCACCCUCAUAAAUAUACACACUUCAUCAUCAAUCACUCAAUAAAUACAAAACAAAAAUAAAAAAUAUAUAUAUCAUUAUAUUGUAUUUUAUAGCAUUGUAAACAUUUAGGUGAUUAUUGCCAAAAUACAAAAACACUUAAAAACCUAUAAAUAACAUGCAUACACCACAAAACACACUAAAUUCAAUUAUGGGAAAAAUUCAGUGCUAAAACAUUUGCAUUAUUACAUUAUAAAUUAUUAUAUAUAGAAACAAAAUUAUUAUUAUUAUAUUAUAAUAUUAUUAUGUACGUAUUACAUUAAAUGUAUUUAUAAAGAGAAUAUAUAUAAAAUUGUAAUUUUAGAUACUUAAA